UCGCAAUUACCCCGGCAGGCGCGCAAACACCCGCCGGUGCAUCGACUCCAGGAUGGACUACGCCCGGAACACAGACACCUGGUGCAGGCUGGAUGAGUCCCUCGGGUCAAGCAACUCCGGGAUGGGCGACACCGAAGUCAUCUCAGAUGCGCCCUUUGAUGUUUCCUGAGACAGCGUAUCCAAAUAUUGGCUCCAUUCACACAUGGCAAGGUAUCUUGAUUCUAGCCAUCACCUGCGGUGCACAGCUCAUGGAUAACGUCUUCAUGACUGCUGUCAACCUGUCACUUCCAGAAGUACAAACAGAAUUUGGCGUCUCGUCCAGCGACCUCCAAUGGCUUCUUUCCGCCUACACACUCACUUUUGGAGGAUUCUUGCUGUUCUCUGGUGUGCUGGCCGACAGAUAUGGCCGAAGAUUCAUCUUCAGUGCCGGCAUGGUCUGGCUUUCUAUAUGGACACUUGCGAACGGCUUUGCUACAUCGUUCAUCCAGAUCGCCAUCUUCCGUGCCUUACAGGGUAUAGGUGCGGCAAUGACUGUACCUUCGGCGAUCGGCAUCAUCAGUUCCUACUUUGUUGCGAGCGAGCGAGUGGUGGCGCUCACGUUCUUUGGUGCAAGCGGCGCUAUUGGAUUUUGCGCAGGUCUGCUGUUCGGUGGUUUUGUGACGGAAGCACUUGGCUGGCGAUACAUCUUUCGUAUCGCCGUCGCAGUCACGGCCCCGCUGGGGCUCAUUGGCUGCUUCUACCUUCCCAAGGAUCGUCGUGAGGGAAGCGCAAAGCCAAGUCUCGACUUUCUCGGAGCAGGUCUUUCGACAUCGGGUCUAAUCCUGCUUUCGUUCGUGUUAUCCAGCGGCGGCGAGUAUGGUUGGAACAAGGCGUUCAUCAUCACUCUGCUGGUCGUUUCAGUCGUCAUGCUUGGGGUUUUCACGUAUGUCGAGAAGAAGGUUCGAAAUCCGAUCAUGCCAAUGUCACUUUGGAAGAUCAAGAACUUCGCGCCCCUGUGGAUCACAGGCUUUGUGGUAUAUGGGGCUUAUCAGACUGUGAUCUACUACGUCGUGCUGCAGGCUCAGGAGGUCGCGAAGCUAUCAGCAGGCGCAACGGCUCUGCGUUUCCUGCCCAUGGGCGCUGCAGGCUUCAUAACGAACAUGGUUCUUGCGAAGUGGAUGAAGUACAUGGAUAUCGGGUAUCUGAUGACGCUCGGCAUGGUGAUUACCCUCAUCUCGCCCGUCCCUGCCAGUCUGAUGCCGGCAGAUGACCCUAACUUUUGGCGGUAUAUCUUACCCACCUCGAUCAUGGUCGUUGUUGGUGUCAGCAUCAGCUACAUUUGUAUCACGAACAUCAUGCUCGAGUCUGUCCCUACGAAUGUCAAGUCACUAUGCGGCGGACUUGUCAACACUGCUUUUCAGAUCGGAUCUGGCGUCAGCCUCGCACUUGCCGCGGCUGUCGUCAACGCAGUUGAUAUCGAGAAGGGGCACACGGAAGCCAAGCAGUACCAGACUGGCUUGUUCUGCUGCAUUGGCCUAGCCCUUCUCGGUCUCCUUGUUUCGUUGGGUGGUAUACGGGGAUUGCGCAAGAGCCUUGGUGGUGCUCAGGUUCAUUGA